AUGGUUGGAGAGGUUGACGACGUUACAUUACCGAAGGCUACCGUUCAAAAAAUCAUAUCUGAAGUACUUGAUUCCGAUCUAACAUUCAGUAAGGAGGCUCGUGAAAUAAUCAUCGAAUGUGGGGUAGAGUUCAUCAUGAUGCUAGCGGGUUCUGCUAGCGAGAUCGCAGAUAAAGAGUUGAAAAAGACGAUAGCGCCUGAUCACGUGAUCAAAUCCUUACAAGAUUUGGAGUUUGAUGAAUUUAUUCCACCAUUAGAAGAGAUUUUACAUCAACACAAAGAAAACCAGAAGAUUAGAGAGAGGCGGGAUGCUAAAUUCAAGAAAUCCGGUUUGUCUGAGGAGGAAUUACUACGACAACAGGAAGAAUUAUUCAGACAAUCUAGGUCAAGGUUACAACAGACAUCAGUAUCGGACGCCUCAAGCAACGAUCCAGAAGUUGGCGUAAAGGCCGAAGAAUUCUGA